AUGCGCGAGCGUCUGACGGACGACGUGUCGGCGCUCGAGUCCACUGCUGUCGCCACCGAAGCAGCGACUGCGGACACGAUCGCGGCCCGCACGCGCACCAAAUUCUCGCUCGUCGACGUGCCGAUGGAUACACUCGAAGCGUCUCUGGUCGACGCUGCGCCACUGGCCCUGGGAGGACAUGCACUUGUCGACAGCAGCGAAGACGAUCGGGAGUACCAGCGGUUCCUGACGACGCUGCUGCCCAAUGAGCAAAUGGAUCUGUCGUUUCUCGACGAAGAGGACGAGGAGUAUCGACCUGAGGGGGACGAAGACGACGACCAGGAGGACGACGACGCGCGCCAAGGGAUCUCCAAGAAGGAGCUCACGGACCUACUGCUGGACUCGACGCGCAUGACGUCGUUGGCUGCGUCACCAGCUGUCACAAUAGAGCCAAAGGGAGACAAUGAGGUGGUCGGAGCUACGCUGGCUGUGGACAAUCAGAACGAGAGGAGGUAUCAUUGCGGGACGAGAUGUGAAGGUGGAAGAAAGGGUAUCAUGGCUGCAGCCGAACCGGGGCCGAAGACUAACAGCACGCCAGUCACGAUACCGGCAGUGCAGCAAGGUCGAUCCGUCACUGUGUCUCGCACUCAGUGCAUCCAACUGGCUUCGCAGAUGCACAAGCACUUACAGUUGCUGCUUCAGAGCUACCAUCUCUUGGCGAGUCAGCCGGCGCGACCUGAGCUAGCAGAAUGUCGUGCGAUGAUUGAGGAAUUGCAGGCACGAGGAGAGAAGGCGCUUGCAUAUAAGAACGCACUGUUGUCGAAGCUGAACCCCGGGACGAGAAGUAGUGCAGGUGUUGCUUCGACGCGUGCUGCGGAUACCGAUGUUGGUGGCUACAAUGACAUUCCGUGCCCCGGUGAGUUGUCUAGCGUGGAAGAAAACGGUGGAAACGCUAACCCCACGGGAAGUAUGCUAGUCUCGCGGCGUGUAACCAGGUCGCUGACUGCAGCACAUGCGGCGGUAGCCCACCCCUCGAUGUUCGAGCUCGUUGGGUCGCAAACGGUAGACGAGCUUUCGGCUGGCUUUGCUCGAGGCUGCUCGCUAGAAGAGCGCGACCGUGCCGUUCAGGAGCAGAUGCUCCAGCUGGACACACAUUUGUUAUCGGCGAAGAAGCGACGAAAAAGCAAGAAAGGGUACUCAAUGACAGAGGACGCUUUGCUAGCACAUGGUGCUAAGCGGUUUGGUACGCAAGCGACUUCGUGGGAUCAAAUUCGAAGACACUUUCUCCCGAGUAAAACGACACAGAAUCUCCGACAUCGCUACAAGUACUUGAUCAGCCCGAAGACAGGAAUGAACGCUGUCAAAGCGCUUCACUCAAGGACUGGUCCGCAGCACCACAACAAUAGCUGGCUACUAGAAGAGGAUCUCCGGAUCGCGCGUGGACUCGUUGAGUUGCACGGGGAGAAGUAUCCCUUUUCUCGACUCUCAAAAAGCUAUCUCCCUCAUCGCAGUCGUCUCGAAAUUCGGAAGCGCUGGGAACGGCUGGUGACAAAGUUUCGUCUGGACCUGGCUGACAUGAAGCUUGCAGUGCCUGCUGACGAUUCGCUCGAUCUCGUGGUUGCGAUGAAGGAACUGCUGGAGGACAAGCUACGAGCUCGAAUGUUGCACCAGCACGGGAAGGCGGAAAGGGCAAAGCCGGAAACUGCGGUACAGCUGGACCGGCCUGGUCAAGGAAGACGAAAUGCGCUCGUGUCCGCAUCUGUCGGCAAGGAAGCCACCCUGGGUGCAUCUUCGCUUGUUACAGGUACUCAGAAGACUGGGUCCAGCUCGAUUUCCUGCAGAUCCAAAAAUUUGCACCCCGCGCUAUUUUUCUCGUCAUGGUCGUUCAUCAGUCCCGCGACACUGCUCAAUGGAACCUGCGAACACAACUGGCCCUCCUUCAUGGACGAAGACAAUGAGACGAACGAUAGUAUGCUGAGGAACCAACUCAGCGCUAGUGACGUGGAUGACCAAGCGCUGCAACCCGAGUCACAGCAUGUCUGCGUGAGCGGUCAGCCAGAAGCACUUGGCACGGUACAGACGCGAGAGUUCAUGUGGACUGCGAUGCCAUCUGAUGCAGUUGUCACUCCACCGACAGGCACGAGACUUUCUCAAGCGAAUGUCGAGAUGGAUGCGUACAUUCUGCAGAAGGAUAGCGAGGAGGACGACGAUGAUAGUGACUACGAGCGUGACGAGUUGCUGUCGUCCGACAGCGAAGAGAGUGGGUCUGACUUCGAGCAGAUGGAGUUCACGGACGCGGACGACGAUACGGAUGCGAAUGGCGAUCGCGAAACCAGCACAUACGCGCUUGACCAGUAUGAUGAUUUAGCGUCCGGCGUGGACGACCGAUCUGUUACCGAUGCUGACUCCCCGAACGAAGGCCCUUGUUGGUCUCCACUGUCGUCUUCGAUGAGUGAUCCUCCCGGUCUGCAGAGCGCGUAUGGCGUAGUAAGUGGUGCUUCUCACACGCGCAUCAGACACCCGCUUCGUCUGCAGAACUUGGGCCGCCCAGGUAAUGAACGCAUAGGACGUGCUCUCGCCGCGCUGGAGCAACGUAUUGUGGGCAAGAGCAUCAAUAAGACCGCUUCUCUGUCGGCCACGAGCUCACAUACGGGUUGCGCCGACCGCCCGAAGCGAAAAGUGGCGUCAACGUUGGUCGCACCUCUCAGCAGCAACCGGACAAGCAAGAGCCAUUUUCGAGCAAGCAUCGAAGAACCUGCACCGGCAGCUGGUACUGCACUCACGGCUAGCGACGCCGACGAUGACAACGCUAGUCGCGCGGAAGACGGAUCCUACGACGAAGCCGUUGAGGUCGCUGACUUGUUCUCGAGUCCCACGCAGCUCUUCGUAGAUGACGACAAGAAAGCUGCAGCUGAGAUAUCGAGGACUGGACAAACGCCGCACGAGUGUGGCUGCGAUCGAAACGUGGCAACUACAGCUUCACGUGCCAAUGUGUGUGACCCGAUCUGUAGCAGCACUCCUCCGAGCAAGAAGGUGAGACUAGAAGUAUGUCCGAGCUGCAGUCAGACCGUGUGCAUGUGCCGAUCAAGCGAACUGCGCUGA